AGAGAUUACGUUUACUUCAUCCUCUAAUACACAUCAGGAGAUUUGUAUAUUUAUUUGCUUGAAAUGCGAAGUUAUCGCAUGGACCUUCCCUGACCGUGUAGCUUUGUGAACUUACAAGCUGGUUCGCCAAGGUACUUGUACCAUAAUCAUGGCGUCCCCUACGCCAUCUGGAGAAGGGACAACAAAGAAAACAAAAGAGCCGCGCAAUACACGGAUUACGCAGCAGACCUUGCCGGCGUGCAAGCCCGUUCUUGAGCCUGUAUGGAUUGUAUUCAUCUUUCUGGCGAUUGGAGUGGUGCUUGUGCCAAUCGGUUCAGUAUGCCUUUACUACGGGCUGAAGCCGGUGGAGGUGGGGACGCGCUACGACCAGACCUGCCUUCCUAACAACCUGAACACAAACGCGCAACGGCAAGAAUAUAUCUGGAAGCACGCAGCGAACGACUCCAAGCUGACGUGCGAAAUUAAGCUAACAAUUACAAAGGACAUGCCCGCUCCCAUUUUUGUGUACUAUGAGCUGAAUGGGUAUUACCAAAACCACCGCAGGUAUGUCAAGAGCCGUAGCGACAUGCAGCUGGCAGGGAAGAGCAAGGACCUGGCGACCAGCCUGUGCGACCCGCUGGAGUUCUUGGGCGGCAACAAGAGCUUGCCGAUCAAUCCUUGCGGCCUGGUAGCUUGGAGCUUCUUCAACGACACCUACACCAUGAUGAUCAAGUCCAAUGCCACGAGCCCCUCGAAACUGCUGCCCGUCAGUGACAAGAACAUCGCUUUCGACUCUGACGUGAAGUACAGGUUCGCAAAGUACAACCCUCAGAACUUCAAUCCUGAAAUUAAUUCGCUGCGUGGCGGCUUCAAUCUGUCUUACGCCUCCGGUGGCGCCACGCCGAAGGAGAACCAGCGGUUCAUGAACUGGAUGCGUCUGUCCGCCCUCCCGCGAUUCCGAAAGCUCUGGGGCCGGAUAGACACGGAUUUGAAGGCUGGCAAUGUGGUGCCCAUAUCCAUAACCAAUCGUUACAAUACGUACGCAUUCGACGGCCAGAAGUCCAUUGUGUUGGGCACCACCACAUGGCUGGGCAGUCGGAACCCCUUCCUGGGCGUUGCCUACUUGGUGACCGGCGGUCUGAGCUUCGUGCUGGCGCUGGUGUACUUGAUCCUGCGGUUAGCACGGCCACGGAAGUUCGGGGACCCGGCAGCGCUAUCAUUCAGUCGCGCCGGGGCGUCUGGCUGAGGUGGACAGGACUGCAGCGUUAUGUGAAAUUGGCACGGCCGGGGGACAGAGCGCCCCGGGGGCUAGAUGUGAGCCAGGUGUAGCCAGAUGCACACAGGCAGAUGCAGGGCCGGGAAAUGUAGUGAGCGACUGUGUAGGCGGUGACCUAAGUAUUUAUUAGCACGCUGGCCAGGGUAAGGCGCCGUGUCUUAAAACUGAACACAUUUACUGCUCUCGGUGUGUGUUGAUGUGGGGAUAUCAAUUGAUUUGGGUCGCCUAGUAACAGUAUGCAGCUUAUAGGGCUCCAACGCAGAGCGAGUCGCCUUGGAAUGGUAAGGGGACGGUUAGUGGCUAGUGGUUAUUGGACUGGUUCGGGAAAAAUAUAUUGGGGGGCCCGGACGAUGAGCCAGGACCUCUGUAUAGCACAGCAGCGAGGAGUGUAAGAUGCUAGAGUUCCCGGAUUGAAUAUGUUUGAUAGGUUUAGGGGUGUACCGUACCCUGCACUCCUUACAUUCCCCCGGUCUUGGAAGCAUCAUCAAGCAUGAUGUAAGUGUACGGAAGACCGCGCUCAUUG